CAUUGCUGGCAAGCUAGCUAGCUUCAUAAAAUGGGUCCGUGUGGUGCCGUAUCAGGCCUCGGGAGUUUGAAAUGGGUAGUAGCCUAGCCUUAGAAAAUAGAGCUCCUGGCUCCCAGUUAUUGAGGUGCGAUGAUGUCGCUGUGUUGAUGCUAACUACUGGAAACUAGUAGCAUGGGUGCUAUAUUGCUAGCCUAUGUGAUUGUAUUUUCCAUGUCUUCACAUUGAGAUUAAGCUCGUUGAAGGAAGGCGAGGAAAUGGAUAGCCAACGUUAGUUAGCAAGUUAGCUUAGUGCUGGUAGUGCAGGCCGGUGAGAAAGAUUGAAACUACUAGCGGGAACAGCUCUUGCUUCGCUAUAGCUGAUUAGCCCCAAGUCGUUUUGCUUAGCUAGUAGAAAGUAAGCUAGCUUUAGUCUUAUGCAUAUUGGAAGUGUUGUAGCUAGCUAGCAUGCCAGACAGACCUAAUUGUGUGAUUAUAUGUUGUAUUUUUUACGAUAGCGUAUUUAUGUUAUUUGAGGAUUUUGGCUGACUAGUUGGCAUUUAUUUGUAUUACACUGCGUGCCUUAGAAGUUAAACUUUGCUUAAUUCUGUGCUGUGCUGGCUUGACUAACUAUCGUGUUAGCAUGUGUACAUUUUUGUAAAUGGUACUUUUGACAUUAAGUUACUAAUGUUAACAAGCUAGGCUAUCUACCUAGCUAGGAAAAUUGGCGUCAGCUAACUUGGUUUACUUACAAGUGUGACUGGCUCAUUCGACAGCUAAUUAAGUUAUUGCUUUGCACAUAGCAAGGUAGGGAGAAACCUAUCUAUCAAUAUAUUGCCCUAUUUGGAAUGUGGCUGGCUCACUGAGUAAGCUAGCUUGCUAACUACCCGGCCUUAGCCUACUUUGUUGAACAAUUAGUUAUGUAGGUGCCCUCAGUACACCUAGCAGUAGCAAGCCACUCGGCAGAUCGUUAACUUUUUAGCAAACACUUCAAAGCAUACUUUCUUCUAUUCACUUAAAAUAAGUUGAUCAAAAUAAGCUCUUAGAAGUAUAUUGAUUUUAAGUCUUGUGGCUGGCAUUUGUUACUGUCCUAAUAUGAAGCCGGGUAGAAAAGCAGAGCAACUUCUUGCCGGAAAAGCCAAGUCUACAGUCGUCGUACGUUGGACCGUUCAAUCGCAGUCAGAAAGGAUAACAUAAGCAAAAGGAAAGUCAGGUUAUUAUUUGUUUGAGUCGUAUCUGGUUUUUGGAUUUGUAUUUUUUAAUUAUUUUUUAAAAUGAUGGUUAGCCUAGAUGCCUUGAUUUUUAAUAAGAGGAUGUCAGUUGAAUAUCCUGAUUAGUCUAUGGUUCGCAGAAAUUCUUCGCAGUUAAAGUUGACGGGGCUGUAGGUAUGUCGUAAAGUUUGCCCGUUAACAAUUGCGAAAAAUUAGUGAAUUUGUUCGUCUAUCAGGCGCAGUUAACUGUUUGUUAGUGGUACCGCACUCUCAGCUCUGGUCGUAUCAUUUGUGCAUAAAAAAACCUUACCACCACCAUUCAUAUGGUGCAUUCUUUGUUGGUGUGCUUUGCUUCUGAGACCGACUAAAUACUAUACAUCAUUCAUCCCUUAAUGAUGCAAAUAUUUAUUGAUAUCCGGUGAGGUUGGCAUGAAUGUUCAAAUGAAUCUAGCUGUCAGGCUUCCAUGUUCACUGCAGUGUAGAUCCAUUACCCUUGCAAGCGUAUUAUGAGGCCAAAGCAGUGCUGUCAAGGAGGCAUGACCACUUUCACUCAGUGCACGGUGCAGGUGAAGUUGGAGCUGGGCCACCGGGCUCAGCUGCGGAAGAAGGUCACCACGGAGGGCUUCACGCACGACUGGAUGGUGUUUGUCAGAGGGCCCGAAAUGGGCGACAUCCAGCACUUUGUGGACAAAGUGGUGUUUCGACUGCAUGAGAGCUUCCCCAAGCCCAAGAGAGUGUGCAAGGAGCCACCAUACAAAGUGGAGGAGUCGGGGUAUGCCGGCUUCCUCAUGCCAAUAGAGGUCUAUUUCAAGAACAAGGAGGAGCCGAAGAAGGUGUGCUUCAACUACGACCUGUUCCUCAACCUGGAGGGGAACCCGCCCGUGAACCACCUGCGCUGCGAGAAGCUGACCUUCAACAACCCCACCCACGAGUUCCGCCGCAAGCUGCUCAAAGCUGGGGGGGUGAUGGUGGUGCCUGAGGGGGAGGAGCCUGUGUCCAGGCCCAGCCCUGACUACCCCAUGCUCCCCACAAUUCCACUCUCCGCCUUCUCCGACCCGAAGAAGACCAAGCCCUCCCACGGGUCAAAGGAGCCAAAUAAAGAUGGUAGUGGAGGCAGCAGCAAGGGUCCAAAGCCUCACAGGCCAGCCAAGGAGCACCGGGAGCGACCGCGCAAGGACUCCGAGAGCAAGGCCGUGUCCAAGGGCGAGAGCGACCGCGACCGCGACGGCGGCGGCGGCAGCAAGCCCGCCCGCGACCCCUCGUCAUCUUCCUCCUCCUCCAACUCCUCGUCCUCCAAGAAGACUGCCGAGGUCAAGCUGAAGGAGGAGAGCAAGGCCCCGCCCAAGGCGGCCUUCAAAGAGCCGAAGCUCACGCUGAAGGAGGGCAUGUCCCCGAAGGGCGGGGGGAGUGGGGGAGGGGGCGGAGGAGGGGGAGGAGGAGGGGGAGGAGGAGGGGGCCCGCCGGAGCCCAAGGCCCCCAGCAAGCGGCCCUCGGCCAUGGAGUCCCCCAAGCCCAGCGUCAAGAAGCCCAAGAAGGGGGCCCCCGAGGGGCCCAAGAGCGGCGGGGGCUUCUCUGGCACCUCCCCCCGCAUCUCCUCCUCCUCCUCCUCCACCACCACGGCAGCACCGCCCACCUACCCGGACAAGAAACCCCCGAAGAGCAAGCGGCGCUGGGUCAAGGUGAAGACGGAGACGCCGGAAGAGCCCAAAAAGCCGCCCGAGUCCGAGGAGUCCAACUCGGAAGACGAGGCCUCCUCCAAGUCUGAGCAAUCGGCCCCUUCGAGCCCCUCCAACUCCACCUCCAGCUCUGACUCCAGCUCGGACUCCGACUUUGAGCCCUCGCAGAAGCAAGGCCAAGGUCCCCUGCGCUCCAUGGUGGAGGACCUGCAGUCGGAGGAGUCGGACGACGACGACAGCAGCUCCGAAGGGGGGACGCCCGUCAAAACGAACCCGCCCAACCGCGACUCGCGUUUGAGCCUGGACAGCGAGAGCGACAGCAGCGACGGAUCCCACCCCCCGAGCCGAGAAGCCCCGCCUCCGCAGCAGAAACACAUCAACAACAAGAACUCUGGGAGAAAGAGCCCAGACCCUUGUACCAGGACAGAGAAGAUGUUGAAGAAAGGGUACGACAAGGCGUACACAGAGGAGUUGGUGGACCUCCACCGCCGACUGAUGGCUUUGAGGGAGAGGAACGUCCUACAGCAGAUCGUGAACCUCAUCGAAGAGACCGGCCACUUCAAUGUCACCAACACCACCUUCGACUUUGACCUCUUCUCCCUGGACGAGUCGACGGUCCGUAAACUACAGAGCUACCUGGAGGCCACAGCCACGUGACAGGAAGCGUCCUUCCAGGCGAGGAGUCUUCUCCAACUCCGCCGUCUCCGCCAGGACCCCGGAGGGGAGGUGUGAGGGGCGCUGAGAGAAAGAGGAACCCGUGAGAGCGCCCGGCGGCGAGGGACGGACGGACGAGCGGAGCCGCAGAGAAGGAAAGGAGAGGACCACGAACGGCACGAAACGAAGCGAACCUUGCUAGGACGCGGCCAGAGGCCGGGCCGAUUGGACCGGAGGAGUGUCGCGUGCAUUGCGGCCCAGCAGUUCCUCUGCCUUCCAGCCUCACCCAUCGUCUCCCCUUCUUCUGCCCUUUCUCCUCUCAGAACCUGACCCCAUGUAUUUCUACACGCUUGUCUUCGGGUAGAGCAACGGUAGAACUGUGUUGUACACUUUGCACCAAAGCUUGAGUGGCAGCUGUCAUCUUGCUCCUGGUCCUGGCACCAGGAGCAAGCCCUGCAUCCUGGCUCUCCAUCACUCUCCACACUCACCCUAUCCCUGCUGCAUUCACAUUUCUUCUUUUCAAAAUACUGGUGACUUCUCCUCAGGCCCCAUACCUUCCCCUUCCCAAGCUCCUUCCUGUCCUGCCUCUACUUUGCCCACCCACGGCAUCAUGGGUACGUGCAAGGGAUUAAUUUGCAAGGAACUAAGAGGAGGAGCCUCUUGAGGGGGGUGAAGAAGCAUUGAGAAGCAGCCUUUCAAGUUUGAGUCAAUAAAUUGGUCACGCCUUGUAUUUAACUCUUAUUUUAUUGCUGUUUUCAGGCAUUUUUGCUAGCCAAAAUGGAUACGGUUAAGAAUUGCGAGGCAUGAAUGUACUUUCGUCUUGUUUUUGUACAAAUUUUUUUUAAUGGGCUCACAAGAAGCGCUCCCCCCCCCCCCCCCCCCCGCCUCCUCAGUGCCUUUAUCUUCAAGGGGGGGCGGUUUGUCUGUCACUUGGAAAAACUGGGACCCCCCUCCACCCCCACCCCGUGGUCAGAAUGCGGCCCAGACCGGCGAAGAGUUGUCCAGUUGGGGUUCCCCUCGACUGCAUCUUAAGGCGGAGGGGGCAGGACAGGCCUUCAGAGGACAGAGCUUCACCAAACAGAACAGACCCGGGCGAAAGGCGAUUUCUCACGUGUCCGAUGGAAGGUGCAAUUUCGAGGUCGGGUUCAGCAGAAUGGAUCUACGUCAGAUGAGGUCCCAGGAGCACUGGAAUUCUGCGUCAUGUGCUAGUUCAGACAGCCAUAACCAAACCCACUGUGGCUCCUCAGUCGACCCUUUUACACUUGAACUGCCCCCCCCCCCCCCACGCGUAUGGUCCAUGUGAAAUGCCUAUUUAUUGUGACUUUGAUAGCUUUAAUGGUGGACUCCACUCCGUUGCUAGGCUAGCGGUGCAAAGAAGUCUUUCAUGGAUGAGUGGAGAGUUCGAUUCAAAGUGUCUAAAACUGUGAGAAAGCACAUUUUCCACAGCGCCUGGCUGACCCUCUCUUUCUUUCCUGGGGAAAAGAUAAACUGAUGUCGUCCCCCCCCCCAAAAAAAAACAAUUUCUGUGGGGAAACCCAACCGCAAAAACGCAGGAGAGGGAGCAAACGGCCAUGUGUGUGUGUACCAGUCCAUAAUUGUGCGCCUGAACUUUUAAACUCCAGAACCCAGAGUCCACCAACUUUGACCUUUGACCCAGGCGCUCAGCACGUCCCUUGUUUGUAAACAAAUGGGAACAGAAAGGGGUGGAGGAACAGCCCUCGACCCCCAAGAGAGUCCCUCCGUCUACUGACAGUCAGUUUAAUUUAUAUACCUCUGCACUUUUGUGGCUGUGGCGACUUCAGUACUUAUGGAAUUAUCUAAACUGUAUUUUUAAUGAUUUUAUACUAUAUUUACAUGCAAAAUAGUAUUGAUUUUUUGCCUACCUUUUUUAAAAAAGUUCUAUUUAAUUGUUCUAGUAUUUUUAUUGGCAUGUUAUGUCAUACAAAGAAACACAGCCCCCAGAUCUGUAUACGUUAGCCUUAGUAUCACAUUUAUUUUUUAUUUUACAGUUGGACACUAGUAUUUCAUUUUAUUUUUGUUCUUUUUUUUUUUUUUUUUAACAGUCGGACACUAUGUGGCAGGUUUUAUUUUGGAGGGCGUGUAUUCCUUGUACGAUAAGCUGACUCGGUUGUUGUCUUAGGAAAGCAUGUAGAGCAGACUGAAUGUGUGCUUAUUAGAUUGUUACUGAAAGUAAUGUGCGUGUGUGUGUCGAAUAUUUGAGUGUUUUUACUCAAAAUAUGUGGCACCGUUCUAGUCGUCUGUACUCUGUGAGGUAUGGUUACAACACCCAGGCACAAAGUCUCAUUCCCACAUUUUUUCCCUUUGCUCCAAGCAGUUUCUGACCUCUAACACGCAAGGACAGAAAAAAAUGUACCAUAGGAAAUCAGAAUUGGGGUGGUAGAACAAAGCAUUUCAGCUUGACUGCAGGAUAACCUGCAGAUUAUCUUAGGGAUGUAAUGUGGGAGGAGACUGUGCUGUGCUGGUGGGUGUGGUUUGUAUCUGCUGGGGUGGGUUGUAUUUAACAGGGGUAUUGAAGAUGGAAUUGGUGGGUUCCAUGGACAGAACAGAAGCUCAAAUUUGGUAUUGUGAGUUUGGUAUUAACUUGGCAUUUCGUGCCACCAUGUGGCCAUAUAGUGCAAGUUGUAACAAGAACUAUAAUUUUUAUUUUUGAAUCAUAUUAAUAAAGUCAGUGAGUACUGUC